AGAUUGGGAGGAUUCGUGCGCUACGCGGCGCCCCCGAAACCUCGGGGGAGCGCGGGAGGCGGAGCGGGCGGCGCCGAGAAACAGCGGCUGCGGGCAAGCGGCGGGAGCGAGGAACGCGGAGCCUGCCGCCACCGCCGAGCAGUCCUCCAGCCGUCCGGCGUCCGCUUGUCUGUGCGUCCUCCGCGGAUCGGCGGCGGGCCGGCGGCCGAACCCAUGCAGCCGCGCAGCGAGCGCCCGGCCGGCAGGACGCAAAGUCCAGAGCACGGCAGCCCGGGGCCCGCGCCCGAGGCGCCGCCGCCGCCGCCGCCGCCGCCGCAGCCGGCAGCCCCCGAGGCAGAGCGUGCCCGGCCCCGGCAGGCCCGGCCCACGGGCCCCAUGGAGGGCGCAGUGCAGCUGCUGAGCCGCGAGGGCCACACGGUAUCCCACAACUCCAAGCGGCACUACCACGACGCCUUCGUGGCCAUGAGCCGCAUGCGGCAGCGCGGCCUCCUGUGUGACAUCGUCCUGCACGUGGCUGCCAAGGAGAUCCGGGCACACAAGGUGGUGCUGGCCUCCUGCAGCCCCUACUUCCACGCCAUGUUCACAAAUGAGAUGAGUGAGAGCCGUCAGACGCAUGUGACGCUGCACGACAUCGACCCUCAGGCCUUGGACCAGCUGGUGCAGUUUGCGUACACGGCCGAGAUUGUGGUGGGGGAAGGCAACGUACAGACUCUGCUCCCGGCCGCCAGCCUCCUGCAGCUGAAUGGGGUCCGUGACGCCUGCUGCAAGUUCCUGUUGAGUCAGCUCGACCCCUCCAACUGUCUGGGCAUCCGGGGCUUCGCCGACACACACUCGUGCAGCGACCUGCUCAAGGCGGCACACAGGUACGUGCUGCAGCACUUCGUGGACGUGGCCAAGACUGAAGAGUUCAUGCUGUUGCCGCUGAAGCAGGUGCUGGAACUGGUCUCUAGCGACAGCCUGAACGUGCCUUCAGAGGAGGACGUCUACCGUGCCGUCCUGAGUUGGGUCAAGCACGACGUGGACGCCCGGAGGCAGCACGUUCCUCGGCUGAUGAAGUGUGUACGCCUGCCCCUGCUGAGCCGGGACUUCCUGCUGGGCCACGUGGACGCCGAGAGCCUGGUGCGGCACCACCCGGACUGCAAGGACCUGCUCAUUGAGGCCCUCAAGUUCCACCUGCUGCCCGAGCAGAGGGGCGUCCUGGGCACCAGCCGCACCCGGCCCCGGCGCUGUGAGGGCGCCGGCCCUGUGCUCUUCGCUGUGGGUGGUGGGAGCCUGUUCGCCAUCCACGGGGACUGCGAAGCGUACGACACGCGCGCUGACCGCUGGCACGUGGUGGCCUCAAUGUCCACGCGCCGGGCCCGGGUGGGCGUGGCGGCAGUCGGGAACCGGCUGUACGCCGUGGGCGGUUACGAUGGGACUUCAGACCUGGCCACCGUAGAGUCCUACGACCCUGUGACCAACACCUGGCAGCCUGAGGUGUCCAUGGGCACGAGGCGCAGCUGCCUGGGUGUGGCUGCCCUGCACGGGCUCCUGUACGCGGCCGGUGGCUACGACGGGGCCUCCUGCCUCAACAGCGCCGAGCGCUACGACCCCCUGACGGGAACGUGGACGUCGAUCGCCGCCAUGAGCACCCGGAGGCGAUACGUGCGCGUGGCCAUGCUCGAUGGGAACCUGUACGCCGUGGGCGGUUACGACAGCGCGUCACACCUGGCCACCGUGGAGAAGUAUGAGCCCCAGGUGAACUCCUGGACGCCCGUGGCCUCCAUGCUGAGCCGGCGCAGCUCCGCGGGCGUGGCGGUGCUGGAGGGGGCCCUCUACGUGGCUGGCGGCAACGACGGCACCAGCUGCCUCAACUCUGUGGAGAGAUACAGCCCCAAGGCGGGUGCCUGGGAGAGUGUGGCGCCCAUGAACAUCCGAAGGAGCACGCACGACCUGGUGUCCAUGGAUGGCUGGCUGUACGCCGUAGGGGGCAACGACGGCAGUUCCAGCCUCAACUCCAUUGAGAAGUACAACCCGAGGACCAACAAGUGGGUGGCCGCGUCCUGCAUGUUCACACGGCGCAGCAGCGUGGGCGUGGCAGUGCUCGAGCUGCUCAACUUCCCGCCGCCCUCUUCGCCCACGCUGUCCGUGUCGUCCACCAGCCUCUGACCCGUGGCGCGGCUGCACAGAGGCCCGCCCGCGGCCUCCCACGUGCCUUAAGCCCCCUGGGCCCAGCGCCUCCCUCCCCUGCGCAUGGGGCGGGGCUCGGCCCCCACCAGGAACGUCCGGGGCCGUCUGUCCAGUCUCCGCGCGUCUAGGCCGUGGGUUUCUGUGUUCCUUCCUCAGUGUUUGUGUGUGUGCCGUUUAUUUAUUCACUCGUUUAUUUAUUGAUUGGUGGCGAGCAGGCUGCAGCUGCCAGUUUCUCCGUUUACUCUUAAAGUGUCGUAUCUCUGGGACCAAGCCUCCCUCUUGGGUGUCCUCCCACCGUGCUGGGGGCACUGGGGAGCGACAGGGUGGGCACUGGCGUUGCCCGUGGGUAAGGGGCCAACUUGGACUCUGUAGACCUGGAGGGACCAAGGGGUGAUGCAGAGCAGUUAUUGGGGGGGGGGGGGCUUUCUGAGCAGGUGCAGACCCCCAGCCUGAGCUUUGCACACCUCCUUGCCUCGCCCAGCCAGGCACACUCCUGGCAGGGGGGCACGAAUUGGGCUUCCUUCCCGUGGCUGUGGUGUCAUUUCUGGAUCCUGCACUGAGCUGGGCACACGUGCACCGCAGACCGCAUACAGCAAUAUGAGCCACUUGAACAAUAAACAUGUUUCCUGGGC